AUGAAGAAUUUUACCAUAACUAAUUUAAAGUCUCCGGAAAAUGAUAAUGACGCCGUUCACAAGAAAUAUUUACGGGAUCAAAUAAAUUCAAUUGAAGUAAAUAAAAACCAUUUAGAAGAUAAAAUAAGUAAUGUGAAAAGAUUCUUCAAACGUCAACUAAAUAAUAAAAAUUUUGUUAAUGAUACUAAACUACAACAAGAGAUAAAAGUUGAUUCAAUAUUCUUCAAACAAGGAUCAUCAUCAUCUAAUAUAUUUAAUGCUAAAAAAGUUCUUCAGUUUAUCAAUGGUAUCAAAAAUGUAGAAAUUAAAGAAUUGGAAAUUAACGACGAAAACACCAAGAAUGGUCACUUUAAUAAAAUUAAAACGAGUGGAAAAUAUAUAGAUAGGUUUAAAAUGUUAAUCAUACCAGAUAAUGAAGAAGAUGAACUUAUGUUGAGUGAAUUUGAUAUGAUAUUGGCGACGGAAAGUCCACUAUCAAUGAAUAUCAUUAGAAAUCCAGAACUACAAAAAAAUGAUAUAAGCAUUUAUCAGUUUUUACGAGCAACAGACUUUGAAUACGUAAAACUAUAUUUUGUUAAUAAUGAUGUGUUUACCUCAAUUGAUAUUCAUAAAAGUCAACAAAGUCAAAAACUUUUGAUACUACCAAUAAGAGAUUAUGAGUUUCAUGUCAGAAUAUCAAUCUCUAUUGAAAAACCAAAAUUUUCACGUUUUCUGAAUAAGAUUAAAGAUUCGAAAGAACAAAUGUCGUUAGUAUCAGUAAAAGUUUUUUUUCAAUUUGCUUCUAGUCAAGAAACAGCUUUAUCAGUAGUUCACUUAAUUUAA